UCCACGAAGCUGCAUCAGUCGAUCGCGAAAACUGCCAAGUGACGGUUGGGGGCAACUGCGACAUCAACAUUAUACCUCAAUAUACACACGCAAAGAACGGCAUCAAGAACUAACGGCGAUCGGCAACCCUUGGCUAAAAGACUUGAGCCCUGAGUCCCGAAAAACGUCUUCGGCGCAGCAUUUUGUUAUAAUUUUUAAAUAUUCUUCUCAUUCUUUGUUUCUUUUGUUGUUUUUUGAUUUGUUUUCUUUAUUUUUAUUUGCUUGCGACCGUUUUUAUUUUUGGAGACUCGGUGUUUUUUUUGUCGGUUUUUAUUGUUGUUAUUUUGCGGUCACGGCUUAAACCUGACUGCCAGCAGUCGACCGAUCAAUCGCUUCGUAAACGUUUACAUUUUGUGUUAAUAUUUUGUGGCUGUGCCGAACACGCAGAAUGAGGUUGGUGUGCAACAAGAAGACUUUGCUAUGGCUACUCCUGGCUGCUGUCCUGGUCACCGCACUGACGCUGGGCCUCGUCUUUGGGCUGAAGAGCAGCGGUGCGCCCCUCAUUAGUGGCGCCGUCGUGUCCAAUGGCAUCGGCUGCGCCGCCAUUGGUGGCAAUAUGCUGGAGGAUGGUGGCUCUGCCGUGGAUGCGGCCAUUGCCACAUUGCUCUGCGAGGGUCUGCUGCUGCCCCACUCGAUGGGCAUCGGGGGGGGCUUCGUGGCGACCAUUUACACGAGGAGCACGCGACGCGUGGAGACGGUGAUAGCGCGUGAGUCGGCACCGGCGGCCGCCCACAAGGAAAUGUAUUUGGGUCAGACGAGCGUCACGGGCGCCAUGGCUGGCGCUGUGCCCGGCGAGAUACUCGGCUACUGGGAGAUGCAUCGCAAGUACGGCCGCCUGCCCUGGAAGACGCUCUUCCAGCCAUCGAUCAAGCUGGCCCGCGAGGGCCAUGUCGUGUCACGCUAUCUGGCCUCGGCCAUUCGAUCGAAGCUCAGCGAAAUCCAGAACGAACCAUCGCUGGCUGCCAUGUUCCUGAAUGCAAACGGCGAGCCCUAUGUGGAGGGUGACUACAUGAAGCGCACCACGCUGGCCGACACUCUGGAGCGGAUUGCCGAGAACGGUGCCAGCGAGAUCUACGAUGGGGGGGAGACGGGUCGCAAGUUUGUCGAGGAUAUACAGAAGCUGGGCGGCAUCAUCACGGAGCAGGACUUGAAGGACUAUCGCGUGCAGUGGGACAGCGAUGGGCACAUUGUGGCCAAUGUCACUGGCGGCUACACUCUGUACUCGACGCCACUGCCCAGCAGUGGACCCAUUCUGGCCUUCAUUCUCAACAUCAUGGGCGAUCUGUACACGGAGGACAAGGCUGUCUACUGGCAGCGUGCCGUGGAGGCCUUCAAGCAUGCCUACGGGCAGCGCACGCAUCUGGGGGACUACCACAGCGAUCCGGUGAGCGGUGGCAGCAUUCAGGAGACGCUCGAGAAGAUUCUCAGCGCCGAGCUGGUGGCCGAGGUGCGCAAGCUCAUCCACGACGACAGCACCUCGCAGGACAAUCUCUACUAUGGCGCCAAUUUCUCUGUGGAGGCGGACCAUGGCACCGCACACAUGAAUGUGCUGGCCACCAACGGCGAUGCCGUCUCCAUUACCAGCACCAUCAACAAUUACUUUGGCUCGAAGGUUGCCUCCGCACAGACGGGCAUCAUAUUGAACGACGAAAUGGAUGACUUCUCCACACCGGGCGUGGUCAACAGCUUCGGUGUGCCCGCCUCGCCGGCCAAUUAUAUUUAUCCUGGCAAGCGGCCCAUGUCCUCCAUGUCGCCCGUCAUCAUUGUCGAUGGCGAUGGCAAUGUACGGCUGCUGGUGGGCGCCGCUGGUGGCACCAAAAUCACCACUAGCGUGGCAACGGUUAUCAUGAAAUAUCUCAUACAGCACGAGAGCCUGGAACAUGCUGUCAAUGAUGGCCGCAUACACCACCAGCUGGUGCCCAUGCGCGUUCACUAUGAGGGCGGUGUGGAGAGCGAAAUUUCAGACUAUCUCGAAAAGGUGGGGCACACCAUGUACCAGGAAUCGGAGGGUUCCAGCUUUGCGGCCGUCACUGCCAUUGGAUCCCUGGAGGAGCCGGAGCCAUUCUUUGAUCGCCGCCGCGUUGGCAGUGCUUUAACCCUCAAGAAUCGCAACAAGAUGCAGCACUAAAAGUGCGCAAAACUGUGCUCGUGAUUUCAGUUUUAUUUAUUUAACUUUAGUAUUACUCGAGACGAGGGGAGAGCAGAAAAUGCAGUAACUGUAUAUAAUUAAUUGUUGAAGGAUAUUUCGAAUAGAGAAAAGUUUUUUUUUGUAUGUAAAUAACUGGCUUUGAACAUCCAAAUAAAUGAAUUCUGUUAAUCAAA